AUGUCUAAAACAUUCACUAGUCAAUUGCUGAAAGAUUUGGAUUAUUUAUAUAAUUCCAAAGAUAAUUAUGAUACAAUUAUUACCGUAGAUACAGAAGAACAGAUAUAUGCUCAUUACUUGAUUUUGUGUACUAGAUCUUUAUUUUUUCAGAGGGCUUUAUCCGAAAGUUGGAUUAAAAAAGAAAAUAGAUAUUUUGUUUUAACAAAACCUAACGUCAAUGCAUUAAUUUUUAAGAUCAUUCUCAAGUAUCUAUAUUGUGCGGAAAUAGAUUUUAAAAGUUUGGAUAUUGAUAUGUUAUUAAAACUCUUGAUUGCUGCUGAUGAGUUUUUGAUCCAAGAACUUAUUGAUUUCAUACAAGACUAUUUGAUUAGUAGUAACUUGUCACAAACACAUUCUUGUAAAAUAUUGGAUUUCGUUAAUACUUCAUUAUUUACAAAACUUAAGGAUGACUUUUUAAAUAUCAUUUGUGAAAAUCCAAAAAUAUUAUUUGAUCAUGAAGAAUUUCUUUUAUUGGAUAAAGAUGCAUUAAGAUUGGUUAUUGAACAUGAUAAUCUUGAUAUGAAAGAAAAUGAUAUCUGGAAUUAUUUAAUCAAAUGGAGUAAUGAUAGAUGUGACAAUAUAGAUGAAUUGAAAGAAAUAUUGUGUGAUUUAAUCAUUCAUGUUAGGUUUUAUCAAUUUGGUCAUAAGGAAUUCAUAAAUCAUGUAUGGAACUAUAAAAAUCUUUUACAAGAUAGUUUGGUUAGAGAUGUAUUACUUUGCUAUUCAGAUUCGAAUUUGAAGCCAAUGUGGGAUAUUUGUGUAGAUGGAUGGUCACCACAAUCAUUUCAUUCUAAAUGUGAUAAUCGAGAAGCGACUAUUGUAGUAACUAAAAUCAAAAAUACAACACUUCUUAUAGGCGGUUAUAAUCCACUAGAUUGGAAUGGAAUUGCGACAUAUAAACAUACAACAAAUAGUUUUUUAUUUUUAAUUGAUUAUAUGGACAUGAGUAUACGUGAGGUAAAGUAUGUUAAACAAAAUGAAUCUGCAAUUUAUUGUGAUAGUAAUUGCAAUCCAAUGUUUGGUGAAGGAGAUUUUUAUAUUAGAGAUGGUUAUUGUUUAAAAUGUAAGAAUAAAUCUUACGAUAAAUUGGUUAACAAUUAUAAUCUUGCUAUAGAGAGUUAUGAGGUUUUUCAAAUUGAAAAUAUUACAAAAAAUAAUUAUAUAUUAGUUUGA